AUGUGCGUCCUGGAGUCCACAAGUGACGACCUUGAUGGCGAUCUGCCACAGCUUGUCGUGGAAGCCGCGGCUGGUGCCAAGACCAUCGUGGCUGUGCGCUGUGAAGAGGACGUGCUCCCCGCCGACUCUGCAGACGUGGAUGUGGAGGACAAGCUGACGUGGCAUAGGACUACGCUGACCUAUGAGGAACUGGCAGAACGUGUGUGGAUCUUGGAGCAAGAGCUGCGGCGCCUUCGCAAGAAGCCCGACAGCACGCUUGACAACGACUUAGUGGCCGUGUGUCUGCAACGAACACCUGCGAUGGUAGUCGCCCUCUUGGGCGUACUGGCUGCAGGUGCAGCUUACCUACCCUUGGAGCCCACGCACCCCGGGGCCCGACUUCGGUUUCUGCUCGAUGACUCCAAAGCACGGUACCUUGUGACCUGUUGGUGCGCUCGUCGACGCGGCCUCCUUCCAGAGGAUCGGCUCGUCAGAGUAACGGCGAUGGACGGUCAGUUGAUGAACGCGCAGACCCUCACAAGCAAAGACAGCGUGGAGGAUUUCGGGACCAACCUUGACCGUCCUGCCUACUUGAUGCCGCCGAGCUGUGUCCUGGUGCCCCGCCGAGGCGUAUUGAGCCAUGUCGGCAUAAUAACGAACGUGCUGCAUGCGUUUGAUUCAAUGAUACGAAGAUCGGAUUCGAAGUGUGCUGGGCGCAUGCUAGUUGCUCCGACAACCUACUGUUUCGACAUCUCUGUGCUGGAGAUUUUUUGGCCAUUGUGUUUUGGAUUUGCCGUAUUCCUGGUGUCCGCAAGUACAGCACGCAAUGGAGCGAAGCUUUCACGCCUACUUCAACAUGAGGAGGCAGAUGUGCUUCAAGGCACGCCCGCUUUAUGGCGAUCCUUGGUAACAGCUGGCUGGAAGGGCCACGAAGGUCUUGCUGGCAUCUGUGGUGGGGAGGCUUUCCCGCCAAGCCUUGUGAAGCCCUUGUCGGAGGCUGCUGGCGCAGGACUCUGGAAUGCAUACGGGCCGACGGAGACCACAAUUUGGACCACAACGCAUCUGGUGCAGCCUGGCCAGUGUGCGGACAGCGCGUCCGUUCCAAUUGGCCUGCCGCUUCCCAAUGUCACCUUGAAGCUUUCUGAGAGCAAGGACACCGAAGCUUCCGAUGUGACCGGUGAGUUGCUGGUGGGAGGGAUUGGCGUGGCAUUGGGAUACCAUCGGCGACAGCAGCUGAACGCAGCAAGUUUUUUUGAAGACUCUGGUGGCAGGGUCUAUCGAACCGGUGACCUUGUGCGUGUUUCACCAGACCCAGGAGUUGGCUUGGAGUUCAUGGGACGCCUGGACCAGCAGGUUAAGUUUCGUGGCUUCCGAGUUGAGCUCGGCGAGAUUGAGGCUGCCCUGGAAAAACAUCCACUGGUUGUCGCGGCUGCGGCUGCUCUGUCUUCUGCAGAACGCCCGGAACUUAUCAAGCUGAAAUGGUCCAGAACCUCAGGAUCGGCGAUGGGCCCGCAGCCGAUGUCCCAGCUUGGACUUGUGGACUUGCAGCCUCCGAACAAGAUGCGACGUUCGAAGCAACGUGAUAUGCAUCGAAGCAUCAUCCACAGGUGCACACUGGUGCCCGCCAUGCCGAGCAUUCACACCUGCUUUAAAGCAGUGCCACGGUUUUACGAGUCCUUGAAGCAAGAAGGUCAGGAAGUCGAGAUCAUCUUCGUGUCGGCUGACAAGUCGGAAGCUGACUUCAAGGAAUAUUUCCAUAACGAGCAUGGCGAUUGGUUGGCAGUUGACUUUUCUGCAGCUGCCGCUCGGGACGAGCUGUCGAAGCAGUUUGGCGUCUCUGGCAUUCCGAGCCUCAUCGUCGUGGAUUCCAGGGGGCAGGCCGUGGAAAGUGUUGAUGCCCGGAAGGAUGUGGCAAGCGCACGCAGUCCGCAGGAUGCUUCGCAAGCCUUCGCGGCCUGGAAGAAAGUAGCAGGAGAUUGGCGGGAGACGGCCGGCACAGCGUUGGGCGGCGCAGGGGCCGGUGCUGCACCCGCAGCUGGCGAUGCUGCAGCGCUGCGCGCAGCACGCCUUGCGGCUCUGGAAAAGCGCGGCUGA